GCGCGGGCCUUGGUGUACCGGAAGUGAUCAUCCCUGGGUUCUUCCAGUCGGUGCUGUGGCGGAGGAGAUGCUCCGCACGGCCGAGAGGCGUUAGCCGGGGGACGGUUAGCGAGAGGGGCGCAGUGUGGCCCCGGGGCCGGGCCGCACUCGGACCAUGAGCUACCCCAGGCACUGGGGGGAAUGGAUCCUGAACUUUCGGGUGCCGCCCGCCGGGGUGUUCGGCGUGGCCUUCCUGGCCCGGGUCGCCCUGGUUUUCUACGGCGUCUUCCAGGACCGGACUCUGCUGGUGAGGUACACCGACAUAGACUACCACGUGUUCACGGACGCCGCGCGCUUCGUCACGGAAGGGCGCUCCCCUUACCUGCGGGCCACCUACCGCUACACCCCGCUCCUGAGCUGGCUCCUCACCCCCAACGUCUACCUGAGCGAACUCUUCGGCAAGUUCCUCUUCAUCAGCUGCGAUCUCCUCACCGCCUUCCUCCUGUACCGCCUGCUGCUGCUCAAGGGGCUGGGGCGCCGCCAAGCCUGCGGCUACUGCGUCUUCUGGCUGCUCAACCCCUUGCCCAUGGCGGUGUCCAGCCGGGGCAACGCGGACUCCAUCGUCGCCUCCCUGGUUCUCUCGACCCUGUACUUCAUAGAGAAACGGCUCGUCGCCUGCGCCGCGGUGUUCUAUGGCUUCGCGGUGCACAUGAAGAUGUACCCGGUGACCUACAUCCUCCCCAUAGCGCUCCAUUUGCGGCCCGAGCGCGACGAUGACGAGCGUCACCGGCUAGCCGGGUUCUCUUUCCGGGCUCGUUUGUACGACUUCCUGAGGAGGCUGUGUAGCUGGGCUGUGCUGCUGUUCGUAGCGGUUGCAGGGCUCACGUUUGUUGCCCUGAGCUUCGGUUUUUACUAUAAGUACGGUUGGGAGUUUCUGGAGCACACCUACCUUUAUCACCUAACUAGGAGGGAUAUUCGCCACAACUUCUCUCCGUACUUCUAUAUGCUGUACUUGACUGCCGAGAGCAAGUGGAGUUUUACUCUGGGGAUCGCGGCGUUCCUGCCACAGUUCAUCUUGCUGUCAGCCGCGUCUUUUGCCUAUUACAGAGACCUUGUCUUCUGUUGUUUCCUUCAUACGUCCAUUUUUGUGACUUUUAACAAAGUCUGCACCUCUCAGUACUUUCUUUGGUACCUCUGCCUUCUGCCUCUGGUGAUGCCACUGGUGAGGAUGCCUUGGAAAAGAGCUGUAGUCCUCUUACUGUUCUGGUUCACAGGGCAGGCCUUAUGGCUGGCUCCUGCGUAUGUUCUAGAGUUUCAAGGGAAGAACACCUUUCUGUUUAUUUGGUUAGCUGGUUUGUUCUUCCUUCUGAUCAACUGUUCCAUACUGAUUCAGAUUAUUUCCCAUUACAAGGAGGACCGCCUAACCGAGAGAAUCAAAUACGACUAAUGUGUUCUGGACCUUCUGCAACAUUUGGAUUUUUCCGUAUGGACUAGAAGACUUUGGAAUUUUUUUUUCCUCCCUGAACAUUCUAAGCACUCUAGUGAAAGUUCCCUUGUUCCAAUAGAAAUUAAAACCAGUGUUGGCCUUAUAUGUUAAGGGGGCCCAAGAACUGAGGUCCAUCCUUUAGAAGUCUUAGGACUCAUUUGCUUGAUGAGAAGUAAAUCAUUCUUGUUUCACAGAAGCCGGUGAAGCUAGAAGAUGCUAAAAUAUUUUUGAACAGUAGAGGAAUAAGGUCUCUAGCAGUGUUUGUUCCUGUCACACAGUGCCACUGUUGUACCUUCAGCCCCAGCCUUUUUUUUUUUUUCCUGCAGUUCUGACAGCUGUGGAAGUUUACGAAGUUCCUAAAGUAUAACAUUUUUACAUAUAAAGUAUUAACAGUUCCAUGCUCAGUUGGGAAAGUCUUAAAUUUUUGUAUUAAGUGUGGGGGCUUAGAAGAGAACUAAUCCAAAGAAUUUAAAUUGUGAUCAUGUAUUUGUUUUGUAAUUUAGUUUUUCAGCAUUA